ACAACCGUUAUGUGAACAAAACUAUAAUACUCUCGUUAGCAACAUUGUUGCGAGAGUAUAAAAAUAAGAUAUUGGCAAGACACAAAUGCGGAUGAAUUAUAUGCUUUUAUUGCAAUAAUUUUAUACUCCGGAGCUGAGAAGGCAAACUUAGUUCAUGCUAAGGAUCUUUUUCACAAAACGAACAUGCCCUUUUAUAGAGCAGUGAUGUCACUGCAUCGGUUUGAGCAAUUAUACCGUUUUAUACGCUUUGACGAUUCCCGGACUCGCGCUGAGAGACUACGAUACGACAAAUUGGCGCCUAUUCAUCAUGCAUGGAUUAUUCUUGGCGAAUUUGACGAUACCAUUUGUCCCAGGCGAAGUAUAUUUGGGUGCACAGCCUAAUGAACAGCGGUCGCUUGGUAUUGCGCGCAAUCUUGUUAUGCGACUCAGCAACCAAUAUUUGGACAGGGGAGCGAAUAUUACGAUGGACAACUUUUUCACAAUUUGUUUUUCAAAACCAAUGCAAUUAGUAAGCUUUACAACACAUUCGAAGAAAAAUGUGCUAGUGCUUUCAACUGCUCAUGCCAGCGAAGAUGUAAAUCCUAUAACAAAAAAACCACAAGUCAUACAUGAUUAUAAUGAGCAUAAAGGUGGUGUUGAUACUUUUGACAAAAUGCUACGUGGAUUUUCUGGCAAAAGAAAAACAAACCACUGGCCCAUGGGAUUAUUUUAUAAUAUGCUGGAUAUUGCUGGGCUUGCAGCGUUCAGGCUGUUUGAUGUUAGUCACCCUAUGUGGAACACCAAUAAGUCUGAAAAGCGUAAAAUAUUUUUGAAAGAACUCUCUAUGGAGCUAGCGCAGAAGCAAUUACAAAACCGAUACAAAACAAAAAUUAAUUCUACAACUAAAAUUGCAUUGGACUUGAUCAAUUUCAAACGGUUUCCUGCAUUGGUGAGCUCGCGUCCAUCAAUAAAGGUCAACACUUUGAAACGGCGGUGUGAAACCUGCAAAACUAAUAAGAUCGAUAAUAAAACAACAGUGGUUUGUGACCAUUGCCUUAUUCCGACAUGCACCAAACACUAUAUAAGGACGUGUGAAAAGUGCUAUUUUGCAAAAUACAAUGCCGAAGCUGAAACGGACUCAGGCAACGAUGAAUAUGUGGACAAUAUUCCAAAAACGUCUACACCCAAUCAAAAUAUAUCAGAAAGACAGAGAAGAAUUUCACCCAUUUGAGCAGUUCGAAA